CCUCGCUUCACGUCGCUACGCAGCAUCACAAUGUCUUCUCAAUCUGAGAUCAAGUGGGUUGGCGCUCGCCCUGACGACUUGCACCACCAUUUGCGUGACGGCGACGCCGCUCUUAGCCGCACUGUGUCGCACGUUACAUCCCAGUUCGCGCGGUGCAUCGUGAUGCCCAACUUGGUGCCGCCCGUGACGACCACGGAGCAAGCGUUAGCGUACCGUGAACGCAUCAUGACUCACAUCCCCGAAGAGAAGCGCGACCCUAACAGUCCCAGCGGCUUCGAGCCUUUGAUGACGCUCUACAUGACGGAUAGCACAACUGCUGACGAGAUCCGUCGCGCCGCCGAAACCAAGAAAAUUUUCGCUGUUAAGCUGUAUCCCGCUGGAGCGACGACCAAUUCGGACUCCGGAGUGACCAAGAUCGACAACAUCUACCCAGCUCUUGAAGCCAUGGCCGACGUCGGGAUGCCGCUACUAGUACACGGCGAAGUAACCGAUCCAUCAGUCGAUCUCUUCGACCGUGAAGCCACGUUCGUGGAGCAAGUGAUCAAGCCUCUGGUGGCGAAGUUCCCGCAACUUAAGGUGGUGAUGGAACACAUUACCACCAAAGAAGCAGCCGAGUUCGUCACUAACGCACCAGCUAAUGUUGCUGCAACCAUCACCCCGCAACAUUUGCUGUUCAACCGCAACGCAAUCUUCCAAGGUGGCCUUCGCCCACACAAAUACUGUCUUCCAGUACUUAAGCGAGAGACGCAUCGCCAAGCUCUGCUCCAAGCGAUUGCAAGUGGUAGCAAGAAGUUCUUCCUCGGUACAGACAGCGCUCCCCACGUGUCUUCCAAGAAGGAAUCGGGUUGUGGAUGUGCCGGAAUCUACUCGGCACACGCUGCUCUUGAACUGUAUGCUGAAGCCUUCGAGUCGAUCGGUAAACUCGAUCUCUUCCGCGCCUUCGCGUGCGAGAACGGAGCCGAUUUCUACGGUAUUAAACGCAAUACUGUAGGCGACACUGUCUUGAAGAAGGAAAGCUGGACGGUGCCGGACAGCUAUCCGUUCGACAACGGCGUCGUGGUCCCUCUCAGGGCCGGAGAGACCAUCGCGUGGAAGCUUCAGUAGGUUUUAGGAAGCAGACGCUGUUAACGUAGGUCCAAGCUGGCGCGUUUCUCUCGCGGUUUCAUGUCGAAUACUGACGUCAGAAUGCGACAUGUGGGUUCACUUGAAGA